AUGACUUUCUAUACUAUAAACACGAGCGUGAUGGAUAAUCUUGGAAAAGUCAUAGUGGUGUUGCGUACACUUUUGAGCGAUCUGGUGGUUGUGGAUGAUGCUGUUUUAUCAGCUGGUCCGCGUGCCUUGAAUUUGGGAGCCACUGGACGACUAUCUUUCGCCAAGUACCAGGAGAACAUCAAGGAGGAUUUGAAACUGGAUGACCAGAAGUUUCAACGACCUUGGGAUUACUACAUCUACGUCGGUCAACCUCGUCAAAGGCAUGGCUUCCUGCCUAAUGACCGCAAUUUUCGCGCAGCCGUUGCACAGGCUCUGUCUCAAACGCCUGGCAAACCCGUAAUAGAAAUUGCUAUAUAUGGCACUUAG